AUGUUUGACCGCGAUGCCAUGGCAGCACAAACUCUAUUCUUAAGACAUGGAAUCCAUGCUGCUGGAGUAACGUCAAAUGCUAUCCAACGUCACCUAGGGUACUUCCCCAUAAUCCAAAUACAUGGGAACAGUGACAGUCUUGCCAACAACGAAUCUCCUUGUCAAAUUGAAGCUCCAGAAUCAACCCAAAACGAGUAUCCACACGUUCCUUACGCAGCCAUGACUCAAAUUAAUAUGGUUCUCAGAUCGAGACUCGCAGCCGGGACUUGGGAGACAUCAUAUAUCUCAUACCGACACAUUGGAAGGCUUGUCCUAACAAAACUUUAUCGGGUAAAUAUGCGACCCGUGACGCCCAUCUAA